AUACUGUACAUACAUACAUACAUACAUUUUAUCAACGUCGGGGUCAGGCCCCUCAAGGUUGUGCUACACAAAUGUGUUUGAAUGGAAAAUAUAGUAGUAGUUUUUAUAUAAUGAUUUGAAUUAAGAAAAUACGUUUAACAAUAUACAUAUUGUAUUAUAAUAUUUAUACUUUUAGGUAUUUAAAGUGGCUCAUCAAGGCUAAACAAGCUCUAUAUAAAUACUCUUCUUUGUCUUCUGAUUUUAUUAGGUAGUAACGAGUUAGUAGGAUGGUUAUAGGAUAUGUAGUGGAGUAAAAGUUGCUUGAAAUAUACACUUUGUACUUUGUUACAUUACAGCACUGAAUAUGUGUAUGAUUUUUAAUGACACUUUCAAAAUCCAAUGUUCACCACACUAUGAAAGCCUGUUUUGGUCGUUAUUGAACACUGAGCAACAACAUCUCUCUCUAGUAGAGUAUAAAACAAAGUGCGUGACAACUUUGAAGCUCUCUCUCUCUCUCUCUCUCUCUCUGAUAGUAGAGUAUAAAACAAAGCGCUUGACAACUUUGAAGCUUUCUCUCUCACUCUCUCUGAAACCAGGACCAACACCAGGAUUGAUUCUUCACUCAGUUAAAGAUGCCACAACCUGGUGACUUAAUAGAAAUUAAACGUAGAGGUUAUCAGCACUGGGCUGUGGAUGUUGGAGAUGGUGAUGUUGUUCACUUGGUGAAGGACGAUAAUUCAUCCCUGCCAAUAUACAAAUUCAAUCGAUGGUUUUGCGGUUGCCAGGUUAAGAAAGAAAAACUCAAGGACGUGGCUGGAGACAAUGAGUGGAAAGUGAAUAACACUCGUGACCGAAAACAAGCACCUCUGCCCGCUGAGCAAAUCGUGAGAAAUGCUCUUUCGCUGGUGGAAAACACUGUGCACUACCGUCUCCUUCAAUACAACUGUGAGCACUUUGCCAAAGAGCUACGAUACGGACAAGCCACAUCUAUGCAAGUCAUGAAAUUGGUGGUCGGAGCUGGAGUGAUUGUUGUUGUACUGGCAGUGAUAUACGUUGGACCAAGCACAGUAGCAAAAGCAGCAAUAAAGGGAGCAAACUUGGUGUUCACCAAAGUAGGGGCAGCACUGAAGGCAGCCUCAGCAACACUGAAGGCAGCCCCGAAGGCAGCCUCAGCAACACUGAAGGCAGCCCCAGCAGUACAGAAGGCAGCCCCAGCAGCUCUUCUGGCUAUUUCCAUCAAAUCUACUACUACCUAAAAUAAAGCAAAAUGAUGAAAAUUAAA